UGAGCCAGAGACAGACACGCUCAGUGUUUUUCAUAUAUCACAAAUAUGCAGUGUUUUCAACCACAUAAUGUAUAUUUUAGGUUUUAGACAUUUAAAUACACUUAAAAACUAACAAAACAAUACAUUUAAAGUUUAUAAAAUACACACUUAUGUCUAUAGAAGCGGCAAUAACAAUCCUUUCCAUUAUAAUUAGACAACGUGUUUAUUCAUAUCAGAUACACAUAGUGUAAGUAACUGCAAAGUUUACUUUAUUCUUCUACCAGUUCACCGGCCACUUACUUUUAUGCAUUGUAGAAUUUGUAAAUCUAACAGAUGCGAUUCUCUGAACUGCAAACUAACAUGGUGGCGCCCAUCGCACAUACAGCUCAACUAAUGUGAUCAUUAUGAAGGUGUUUAAACAACAAAACACAUCCACUUGCACAUAUUUGACAGUCGGAAUAUCACAUAUUUCAUGUUAUAGUGAACAAGUUUGUGAAUAUUUUGAAUAAAAAAGGAAAAAAAAAUACAUCAGUUAUACAGUGCUAUUGUGGCUGCGGUGUGUCACAUGACAAGCAAUGAUGUGUCACCAUGGAAACAAUAAAAUGAUACGUUCUAAAUAACGGUCGCCUUGAAAAACUCACACUGGGAGGGUCAACCAAAAUUAGUUUAAACUUAAGUGUGGAAGGGUUAAUGUUAAGGUUUUAGAGAAUGUGAAAAUAACAACAACUCUUUUGAAAAUGUGCUCGUUGUGAUUCGUUUUGCCAGCACGGGCACAUAUCAUGGCACACAGUCAUACUUAAAGCCAAAAAACUUCCAUUUUGAUUUCAAGCGGACUUUAACUGAGAUAAUGAUGUGAUAGAAUUUUAUUGCAUGUCAAUCAAGGUUUGUACGUACCAUUUUUAUCUUCUUAAAACAAAGUAAUGAUGAGAAGAGAAAAUAAAAUAAAAUAAAAAUAAAUCAAUUUCCCAGGCAAAACAGGGGCAAAAUACAUUAAAGAGAAUUAGCAAACAUGACUAAAAUGUCCAGGUAGAAACUGUCAAAACGGCAAUCAAGAAAUUAACCGAUUACUUUAACUCUCGGAAUAGCACAUGCAUCAUUUUCAAGAGCAAGAGCAAGAAUAAGCCAGUUUAAGUGCAAAAAGUAGGCUAUAAGUGAUCGGAAUAAGCAACGUAAUUAGCAGGCAUUUCACACACGUUCAUGCCAGCCAAAAAUGUGUCAUUCAUUGAUACAUAAUGUACGAUAAUCCGACAACAACAACAAAAAAGAACAACAAAAACAAUGCAUUUACCUUUGUGUUGCGCUUUAACUUCUUUAACUUAUACAUAUUGUAGAAGAUAAUGCAAAACUGAUCAAGCCCAGCAUUUGGAGGAAAAAUACAUUGUUCUCUGCACCAGUUAUUAAAAAAAAAAAAAAAACAGCCUCUCCACCCGCUUAACGCAUUUUUCUCCGGUCCACCGAUCAAAAGCGGGGCCGGAAGCCGCCCAAUCUGGCAAAACUGCAAGCAGGGGCGCCACGUACGUAUUUUGGAUGUAGCAUAAUAGCCUAACUGGAGAACCGUUUUCAGAGGCAUUUCAUUUUCGUUGCCCCAAACACCUAGAAUACUGUUGUAUAAUGUUGCGUUUUAUGCUUAGGCUAUAAACUAUUUAAAGAAGAUGGUUUACACAUCUGUUUGCUUAUGGCUUUUAGGAGUUUUAAAGUUGACACAGCAGCAGCCUCAGCCAACCGACUCAACAGUAAAUGGCGUGUCUGGAGUUUAUGCAGAUAAAACAACAGAGACAAUAUCAGUGCUGGAGGGAGAUUCUGUCACUCUAAACACGGAUGUUACUGAAAUACAAAGAGAUGAUCAGAUACUGUGGACAUUUAGACUUCACAAUUCAGAGACUCGUAUAGCUGAAAUCUAUAAACAGAUCAUCUCUAUAUAUGAUUAUAAAGAGAACAAUGAGAGAUUCAGAGACAGACUACAGGUAGAUAACCAGACAGGAUCUCUGACCAUCACAGACAUCAACAAAUUACACUCUGGACUUUAUAAAGUACUGAUCAUUAUUGGAGUGGUCAAAGAGAAGACUUUCAAUAUUGCUGUCUAUGCUCCUUUUUUAGCUCCUCUACCUGUUCCUGUCAUCAGUGAUUCUCCACAAAAACCUUCAAUAUCAGAAAGAUCAUCAGGUCAGAAUUGUUCAUUGCUGUGUUCAGCGUUAAAUGUGAGUCAUGUGACUCUCUCCUGGUACAAAGGAAACAGUUUAUUGGCCAGCAUCAGUGCAUCUGAUCUCAGCAUCAGUCUCUCUCUACCUCUGGAGAUUCAGUGUCUGGAUGAUUCCUACAGCUGUGUGGUGUCUUAUUCAUUCACCAACCAGACUAAACCCCUCAACAUCACUGAUCUCUGUCGGACAUGUCCAGGAGACAGUCAACAUUCAUUUCUCACAGAACUGAUCAUUGUUUUAUUGCUGGUACUGGUCAUAGUGGGGGUUGUGUUGAUGUAUUGUUACUACAAACGAGCGAAACAAACAAGCAAAGAAGCUCCGCCUACUGAGGAUCAGGUCAGUUAUACUGAUGUGACAUUUACCACACACCGAGCUUCAGAUACGGAGACUGAUGGACGGGAUCAGACAGAGUAUUCAGGAGUUGCUUUUAGAUGAUAAUAACAGUCUGUUAUUGUAGAGCUUAGUCAUUAAAGGACAGACAGAGCAUGUUGAAGCACAUGUCAGAAUUGAACAAAGCUAAACCUCAAAUGCAUUGCUGCCGCUGUUUACUGCAAGUGACUGUAUUUCAGUGUUGCGUGUAAUAAGUACUCUCUAAAGAAUUUGAUAUUUUUUAAGAAAGAAAGACCAAAGAAACUACAGACAAUAUGGUGUCCUGCUAUUGGAGGGGCUUGCUGCCAAGUGCAUUAGACACCACAUUUACCUCAAUCUUGUUUGCACCUGGCUAGACUUCAUAACAACUGUCAUGUCUAGUCUUGAGUAGAGAUGGUUUGUGUGCUUAGUAUUAGUUAUUAUACAGCCAUCCACAUGAUACUAUCCUAUUACAAAUCACAGGACAAAAAGAGAUAAAGAGAAGGAAGUAAACUCAGAAAAGUAGAUGCAACCAUCAAGGUUUCACUAAGGAAUAAUGUGUAAUGAGAGCAAAAUGCAUUUAGUAGCCUGUUGAAUAUGUGUAGUAGUAAAGGGCUCCCUCUACUGACAGUUUGUGAGAUUACGCACAGGAUUUGGCUGCUUAUCAUGGUCAAGGUAGUCUCUACUGUUACUGUAGCUGUAACUGGACAUCCUGAGGGGCAAAAGCAUAUACAUAUAAUGCAUUAUUGAAAGUAAUGCAUUAGUUAUUACUUGAGAAAAGUAAUCAGAUUAUGUAACUCAACUUACUUGUAAUGUGUUACCCCCAACACUGUCAUAUUGUAUAUGAUGCACACUGUGUGUGAAUUUAAACAUGGUAAUGCAAUCAUCACGCAAGAAGAUUCAGAGACAUUCACUACUGAAUGCUUUGAUCCAGGCGAUUAUUGCAGCGAUUAUUAGUUUUUUUGCUAUUAAGUGACAUUAAAUACUGGUCGCAUGUAAUGUCAUGAUAAAGUGUUUUUACAAAGCUUUCAGUAUUAUUAUAAAUACAUGUAUGUAUAUAUGUUAUUAUUGUAUAUGCUGUGUUUUGCGUAUUUGCUUCAAAAUAAACAUUUCUGAACUUU